AUGGCAAUCUACAGCGCCGUUCCUCCCCCAGAGGACCUCACCAAUAAUCCCACACAGCUGCAAUCGCCAUCCACGCCAGUGACCAAUGGCGCCAUCGACAUUGAUGCAUGGACGAUAUCUGCGCUUCAAUCGUUGAGCGUAUCGCCAGUCGCACGCGGAACCGGCACCCCGCUGUCCAUCCCGCUUGACGAUGCCGCGACCGUGAUACAGAAGGAAACGCGUGUCGUCGCAUUCCGCGAAUCGUCAGACGACAAUGGCCUUCCUCGUCGUCCGCCCUCCAGGCGCGACAGCAUGAAGCGCCGCGACGAAUUGCUCAAGGGCAAGGAAGGCAGUCGUCAGCGUAGACGGUGGGAAAAUGACCAUCUUGUCGGUGUUCCCAACGUCCAGCCUCCCGUGGCUGCAGAUUGGGAAGUUCACCCGACGCAUCCAGUUCAACGGGUUCCCUAUCAGCUCGCCCAGUUUUGGGACCGCGGCGUCCGGCAAAGAGUUGAAGAAAAGACGGCCAAGCUGCAAGCUGUUCGCAAGAAGCAGCAGCUCAAGACUGGUAGUGCUACUGGCUUGGGUGUAGGCGAAGUGCCCCGGGAUCUACGAGAGAUGGCGAAGCGCACGCCGGCUAUUCGGGGCUGGGUGCAUGCGAUAGAGGAACCGGUGCGACAGUUUCUUUUCGAGGAGCAGGACCGACGUUCUGAGUCGGCGCAACGACAAUAUACGGGCGACGAAAUUUCCAAUCAGUCUGAUUUGGACUCGGACGAUGAGGAAAUUGUCUUUGUGGGUAGGGAUAGUGCGAUGCGAGAACUGCGAGAAAAGAAGGAGGCUCGAUGUCGUAGGGCCAAGAAGGCGGCUAGUCGGGAGAGGAUCGAUUCCGGAGUUGUGUUUGACUCAUUUGGGGAGGGAGAGAGCGCCGCGUUCAAACGCUGGCUGGCUCACUCAAUUUCAGAUUACUACGGCCUCGCAUCGAAAUCUGUGACACCAUCCAACACGUCAUGUCGAGUUGUAUACGUUGGCUUGAAGCAGGUGCAUCAACUUAACGGGAUGCUGUUGAGGAAGAUGCCCCGACCGCUAUGGGAGAUGUGUUGA